GCCUCUGUGAUGUCUGUGCUGCGCCUGGCACACAACCAGGUCUCAGGAAAUGUGGACUUAUGGCUGCUGCAAGCAGUGAGCAGUGAGGUGGACCUCUCACACAACCUUGUCAGUGGCACACUGCCCCACCUAUAUCCAGAAUGGAGAAGUUUUCCAACCCUCACGUACCUCAACAUUGCAAGCAACCUGCUCUCUGGCACGCUGCCGUGCAAUGUCACUCAAUUGCCAGCCCUCACCCACCUAGACCUCUCAGGCAACAAGCUCAAGGGCUCCCUGCCUGCCUUCUGCAGCAACCAGCCGCGAUUUGCCACUCUCCUCCUCUCCUCCAACUCUUUCUCCGGUUCCCUCUCCUCUCUCUCCUCCUCCUCCUCUAGUGCCUUCUCCCUCCGUUCCCUCGACAUCUCCAGGAACCAGCUCUCCGGGUCGCUCCCCUCCUCCCCCUCGCGCCUCACCGCACUGCACUCCUUCCUAGCCGCUCACAACCACAUCAGCAGCAGCAUCCCUGCCAUGCUAGCAUUUCUGAAGCACCUGCAAGUUGUGGACUUGUCAUGGAGCAGGCUGUCAGGAGUCAUCCCUUCACUGCUGCGCGCAACAACCUCCUCCCUGCAAAUUUCCGCUUGACACCCCUGAUUGGCAGUUUUACCACC